CGAUCUUCUUACCAAAAUCAUACAAAAUCCUUCAUUUCCCUCUCGAGAGAUUUUUAAAAAGAGAAAUAGAAAGAAUGGGUUCCAUUAGUGCUGAAUUAAACAAGCCACAUGCAGUAUGCAUACCAUUCCCUGCCCAAGGCCAUAUUAACCCCAUGUUAAAGCUAGCCAAAAUCCUUCAUCACAAAGGCUUUCACAUAACUUUUGUCAACACUGAAUUUAACCAUAGGCGUCUCCUUAAGUCUCGUGGCCCCGAUUCUCUCAACGGGCUUUCAUCGUUGCGUUUCGAGACCAUUCCCGAUGGACUCCCACCUUGUGAUGCCGAUGCAACGCAAGACAUACCUUCUUUGUGUGAAUCCACUACUAAAACUUGCUUAGGUCCCUUUAGGGAUCUUCUUGCAAAGCUUAAUAACACGUUGGACGUGCCACCGGUGUCUUGCAUCGUUUCGGAUGGUAUCAUGAGCUUCACCUUAGCUGCUGCACAAGAAUUGGGAGUCCCUGAAGUUCUGUUUUGGACCACUAGUACUUGUGGUUUCUUAGGUUACAUGCAUUACUCCACCAUUAUUGAAAAAGGAUAUAUUCCACUUAAAGAUGCCAGUCAAUUAACAAAUGGGUACCUAGAGACAACUUUGGAUUGCAUACCAGGAAUGGAGAACAUACGAUUAAGGGAUCUUCCAAGUUUCUUGAGAACUACAAAUCCAGAUGAAUACAUGAUUAAAUUUGUUCUCCAAGAAACAGAGAGAGCGAGAAAAGCUUCUGCAAUUGUCCUCAACACCUUCGAGGCACUAGAGAGUGAAGUUCUUGAAUCGCUCCGAACUCUCCUUCCACCAGUCUACCCAAUAGGGCCAUUGCAUUUACUCGUCAAACACGUCGAUGAUGAGAAUUUGAAGGGACUCGGGUCGAGCCUAUGGAAAGAGGAGCCAGAGUGCAUACAAUGGCUUGACACAAAAGAACCAAACUCUGUUGUUUAUGUUAACUUUGGUAGUAUCACUGUUAUGACUCCUAAUCAACUUAUGGAAUUUGCUUGGGGACUUGCAAAUAGCCAGCAAGAGUUUCUAUGGAUCAUAAGACCCGAUAUUGUAUCAGGUGAUGAAGCAAUUCUUCCACCUGAAUUCGUGGAAGAAACUAAAAAGAGGGGAAUGCUUGCGAGUUGGUGCUCGCAAGAAGAAGUACUUAACCAUCCAGCAAUAGGAGGAUUCUUGACUCAUAGUGGAUGGAAUUCUACGCUCGAGAGUAUUAGUAGUGGGGUCCCUAUGGUUUGUUGGCCGUUUUUCGCAGAACAACAGACAAAUUGUUGGUUUUCUGUUACUAAAUGGGGUGUAGGAAUGGAGAUUGACAAUAAUGUGAAGCGGGGUGAAGUGAAAAGCCUUGUGAGGGAAUUGAUGCUUGGUGAAAAAGGCAAAGAAAUGAAGAAAAAGACAAUUGAAUGGAAGAAUUUGGCUCAAGAAUCUGCAAAAAAAUCAACAGGGUCAUCUUAUGUGAACAUAGAAAAUGUGGUCAAUGACAUUCUUCUUUCAUCCAAACUAAGUUAAAGAAGUUGAUUACAGAAGGUGUUUGAAAUUUCAUCUUCUUUUCUUCAUGUGUUCUUGUAAGAGUUUUUCAUAUUAUAGUUCUUUCUCCUUCUUCCAUCCAUUGGUAUUCCGAGCAGGAAGGAACAUAUUUAUUGCAUAAUUAUGUAUGUUUGGUCACCAUUAUGACAGACUUUGAAGUACUAUUACAUCAUUGCAAAUUGAAGUAAAUAAUACUCCCUUUGUUCCA